AUGUUCUCAUUUAUUUUCUUCAUCAUUGCAAUUAGUGCUGACUAUGUGAUAAGUAAUUAGGUUAGAGAAUUAAUGAUAGAGGAUGACAAUAUAUGUUUUUCUAAAAUACCAACUGAUGCUUACCCAUAAAUAUUAGGAGGUACUUCUGGUGAUUCAAUAUUUAAUUGCCUCUCAAUAGAUAGUGCAAGUAAUACAUUAAUACUCGGUGGGUACUCUUAAUCAAUAGAUAUUGUAGAUAUCUUGCCAAGUCCAAUACUACUGAGACUUGAUCUCUCAAGCGGAAUAGUUAAAUGGCAUAACUAAAUUCAAGGAGAUUUACAACUGAAUCCUACAUCUAUCGAUUUCUGUGACAUAUAAGAAACUUAGAAGAAUUAUAUAAUUGGACUUUCAUCGUUACCCUAGUUUUCAGUAUUAAUAUUCGAUUUUCAAACAGGAGGUCUACUGAACAAAUACUUCAUUCAUGAUCCAAGUGAUGAAAGUAUAAUUUAUAACUGA